AUGGCUUCUGACACCACUAGUAACAAGACCAGCGAGAAGACCAUCGAACCUGAACCUAGCCCCAGAGAGGUGGCCGACAUAGAUCAUGGCGCGGAGACGGACCUGCAUCGUACACUCUCUACGCGACAUAUCACUAUGAUUGCUCUGGGAUCGUCCAUCGGCAUGGGCCUCUGGCUGGGGAGUGGUACCUCCCUGGCUAACGGAGGCCCGGCCGCCAUUGUCAUCGGAUAUGUUCUCAGUGGCAGCAUGAUCUGGUCUGUCAGUCACUCAAUCGGCGAGAUGGCCGUCUUGUAUCCUCUUCCGUCGGCGUUUGUGCAGUGGACUUCAAUGUUUGUUGACCCGGCGGCGGCAUUUGCCCUGGGUUGGUCCUAUUGGUUGAGCUAUUUCAUUACCAUUGCCAAUGAGUUGCAGGGGAUCAACACUGUUCUGAGCUUCUGGACCCAUAAAGUGCCUGUGGCCGCGUGGAUCAGUAUCUUCUGGGUGGUGAUUACCCUGAUCAAUGUGGCUGCGGUCAGGUUCUUUGCAGAAGUCGAGGUGGUCUCAUCGACUAUCAAGUUCUCAUGGAUCAUCGUGGUCAUUAUUUCCCUUAUCGUCGUCUCCGCGGGAGGUGCCCCUGCAGAAGGACCCAUCGGCUUCCGCUACUGGAACGUAGAGCCCUUCACCAACGGCUUUAAAGGCUUCCUGUCCGUCGUGCCGACCUGUAUCUUCGCCAUGUCUGGGUCUGAGAGCUGCGCUCUUGUGGCUGCUGAAACGUCCAAUCCGCGCAAGUCGGUCCCACGCGCCGUUGGCUCCAUGUGGCUGCGUCUCUCACUGUUUUACAUCCUGGGAUCUUUCGUGAUUACCACCACCGUGGAUCCGAAGGAUAAGAACCUGUUCGGUGGCGAUGGUGUCAAUGCAUCCCCAUUUGUGAUCGCCUACCGUAACGCAGGCCUGGAUCCCUUAGCACAUAUGAUGAAUGCGGUGAUUUUCAUCUCCGUUCUCUCCACUGGAACGAUCUCGGGAUAUGGCGGUGCUCGCACACUCAUGGGCAUGGCGCAUUUGAAUAUUGCUCCGAAGAUUUUUGGAAAAGCCGACAAAACAGGACGACCUCUCGCAAGUUUGUUCAUCACCCUGCUUAUCGGCGGUGGGUUGUCCUACCUGAACGUCAGCAACAAAGGCGCCGAUGUCUUCACCUGGUUCUCCAAUCUCACCUCGCUCCUCACCCUCUUUGGAUGGGGCAUGAUCUGUCUAUCCCACAUCCGCAUGCGAUAUGCAUGGAAGAUCCAGGGUCGGGACCCCUCGGAGCUGCCGUGGAAGUCGUGGACAUAUCCGUACGGUGCAUACUGGGGUCUGGUCUGGUGUGUGCUGUUGGUCAUCACUGAAUUCUACGUCAGUGUAUGGCCGCUGGGAGGCAGUCCGAAUGUCAAAAACUUCUUCGCUAACUAUGUAAGUGUCGUGGCUAUCGUAGUCAUCUACCUUGCUGCUCGUUUGUACUAUCGCGGACCGUGGUGGAUUGAUGCCAGGACGAUCGAUCUCGAUGGCAUGAGACGGUUCUAUGCGGAUACUGCGGAUGUGGAGGCGAAGACGCAUGGGGGGAUUAUAUCCAAGAUGGUGAAAGCGAUUACCGAUUAG